UGUUAUGCUAUUUCCCAACACGUCCGUAUUCUAUAACAAUGGUUUCCAUUACUAGUGGUGCUGUAACUGUUGUUUCUGCAGCUGAUUUAUCAGAAUGUACAGAGUUACACUCUUUAAGAAACUUGUAUUUAAAACCUAUUUCAAGGCUUGUUAUAGUUGUUACUAUGCCUACACUAAAAAUUCCAGGUGUGACCGUUUCAAAUUGGGAAAUCAUGGAACGUUUAAAAGCCAUGGUUGCACCUGACCAGUUUACACAUCUUAAAGUUGAAAAAUCAACAUUAGAUCUCUUAACAUUUGAUGCUGAAGCAGAUUCAAAAACAACUUUAACUAAAUUUCUUAUUAAAUUAGAUGGAAAAGUUAUAAAACUAGGUAAUUUUGCUGAGCCACUUCGUGUUAGAGCUGCUAGGAAAAAAAUUCCAUUCCCAAAAAAAAAUGAUUGGAACAAGUUUUUUAGAGAAUCAAAUGAAACAAAUGAAAAUAAACCUGGCGAACGUCCAGAUACUAUUUAUAUUAAUCACCUACCGACAAAGCGUUUUGUUGAAAAUGAAAAUGAUACUAAGCCUUCAGAAUUGGUUUUAAAAGAUGUGUUUUCAACUUUUGGUGAAGUUCGUGCAGUUGAUAUACCUAGUAAUGAUAUUUAUAGAGAUAGGAUACAAAUGCUUGAAGAAGCCAAAAAGGGAAAUAAAGAGAACUCCACUUCAGUAGUUGCACCAGUAAUGCCACAGCAACCUGUGUUUAAGACAUUUUCUAAAGGAUCAAGUAUUUAUUUUGACUGUUAUAUACAAUACAUGGAUUAUGCUGGCUUUUCAAAAGCUAUGCGGGCUUUUAAAAAUAAAAAACUUUUGUAUUUAAUUGAGGAAGAAAAAGGCGCUACUGCUCCAAUAGAGGUGGAUUUCGAUAAAACUCAACAUUUAAGUGAAAAAAAUAUUAAAAGAAGAGAUAGACGUCGUGAUAGGUUAAUAAGGUCUGAUGCUGAGGAGGAAGAGAAACGAAAAAAAGAACAUGAGGAACAGUCUAGAAAGCAUGAAAUAGAAAUAUUAGAAAAACGAAGAAGAGAACUUUUAGAACUUGCAGAAGUACAAGAUGCAUUAAAGUUAAAAGAGCAAAGAAGACUGAUGCGAGAAGAAAAACGUAAAAAGAAAAGGGAACAAAAGAGAUUAGUUAUUAAACAAAAAAUGGAAAGGGAGAAAAAAAUAGCAGACUUGACUGAAAGUAUGAAAAAGCAGCAAAAAGAAGAAGCCACUAUUUUAGUAAUUGAGUUAUUAAAACGAAUCGCUAAGCGAAAGCAAGAGGAAGAGAUUGCAGAAGCUCGAAGACAAGCUGAAAUUUUAUUAAGAAAACAAAUUGAAGAGAAGCAACGUAAGCUUGAUGAAGAGAAAGCAAAAGAAGAACAAUUAAAAAAAAAGAGGAUUCAUGAGCUUGAUGAUGAAGAGGAAGAACUCAAAAAAAGACUGAAAAAAAUUAUUAUGGAAAAAAAAGAGAGGGAAAAAAGUAAAAAAGAAGUUUAUGCCAAAUCUAAACACACAAUUAAUUCAAAAAGUGCUUCCUCAAAGUUCAAUAGUAACAAGCGACGUUAAAUCUUAUUUUAUAUAUAUGUAUUUUUAAGAGAUAACAGGUUAUAACAGAAGUGAUAGGUGUUUUUGUAUACACACACACACACACACACACACACACACUCACACACACACACACACACACACACACACACACACACACACACACACACACACACACA